CGCGCGCUCCACUUCGAAAAGAAAGCUGAGCGAGCGCCAUCUCUGAUCCUCCGCUGGCGGACUAGCGCGGACGGACGGCGGCCGGGAGAGCGAGAGAGAGAGAGAGGGGGGGGGGGAGGCGCUCGACGACCACCGCCGCCACCGCCGGGAGGAGGUGGACGGAGGAGGGGGGGGUGUCGCUCCCCCUCCGUCGGGAUUCGCCGCCGCCGAGAGGCACGUCCAUGGCCGACAGCAGCGCGGGGAUCGAGCAGGGCUCGCCGGCCAUCGGCGCCGUGGGCUCGGCUCCGGCCGCUCCGGGUCCCGGCGGCGCCGACGAGGGCUCCGGCGCCGCUGGAGGCUCCGCGCGGAUCGGCGUGAAGAAGGCGCAGCUCCGCUCGUCGCCUCGGCCCAAGAAGCUGGAGAAGCUCGGCGUCUAUUCGUCCUGCAAGGCGGAGGGCGCGUGCAAGUGCAACGGCUGGAAGAGUCAGAACCCGCCGCCGACGCCGCCGCGCAGCGAGCAGCAGCAGCCCGUCGCCGUCAGCCUGCACGAGCCCUGCCGCAGCUGCUCGCACACGCUGGGUGAUCACGUGAGCCAUCUGGAGCUUGUUCCCGAGGACGAGAUCAACCGGCUGCUGGGCAUGGUGCUGGACGUGGAGCACCUGUACACGUGCGUGCACAAGGAGGAGGACGCCGAUACCAAGCAGGUCUACUUCUCCCUCUUCAAACUGCUGAGGAAAUCCGUCCUGCAGAUGGGCAAGCCCACGCUGGAAGCGCAGGAGAGCCCGCCCUUCGAGAGGCCCAGCAUCGAGCAGGGAGUCAACAACUUCGUGCAGUACAAAUUCAGCCACCUGCCGUCCAAGGAGCACCAGACCAUCGUGGAGCUGGCCAAGAUGUUCCUCAAGCAGAUCAACUUCUGGCAGCUGGAGACGCCGUCGCAGAGGCGCCAGAGACUCCCCAACGACGACACGGCCGGAUACAAGGCCGACUACACCAGGUGGCUGUGCUUCUGCAACGUGCCGCAGUUCUGCGACAGCCUGCCGCGGUACGACACCACGCAGAUCUUCGGCCGCACGCUGCUGCGCUCCGUCUUCACCGUCAUGCGCAAGCAGCUGCUGGAGCAGGCCCGGCAGGAGAAGGACAAGCUGCCGCCCGAGAAGAGAACGCUCAUCCUCACGCACUUUCCCAAGUUCUUGUCCAUGCUGGAGGAGGAAGUCUACAGCCACAGCUCCCCCAUCUGGGGCCAAGAAUUCUCGGCAGGAGCCCCCGGGGGUCAGAUUCCCGUCCACACGGUGGUCAGUGCGCCCCCAGUGGCCAGGCCCUUGUACUACAGCAUCAGCCCAGCGUCGUCCGUGGACCUCUCGAGCGGCGCCGGCAGUCCAGCCAGGAAAACGUCUACGGCGCUCGAGCCGGCCGCCGUCGGCGAGAAGCGCAAGCCGGCCGAGCCGCUCCCCCAAGAGGGGAGCAAGCGGCCGAGGGUGCUGGGCGACAUCCCCGUGGAGCUCAUCGACGAGGUGAUGGCGACCAUCGCCGACCCCGCCGCCGUCCCGGAGACGGGCCUGCUGUCGGCCCACUCGGCCCGGGACGAGGCGGCGCGCCUGGAGGAGCGGCGAGGCGUGAUCGAGUUCCACGUCAUCGGCAACUCGCUGAACCAGAAGCCCAACAAGCGGAUCCUCAUGUGGCUGGUGGGCCUCCAGAACGUCUUCUCGCACCAGCUGCCCCGCAUGCCCAAGGAGUACAUCACGCGCCUCGUCUUCGACCCGAAGCACAAGACGUUGUCGCUGAUCAAGGACGGUCGCGUGAUCGGAGGAAUCUGCUUCCGGAUGUUUCCUUCGCAAGGCUUCACUGAAAUCGUCUUCUGCGCCGUCACGUCCAACGAGCAGGUUAAGGGCUACGGCACCCACCUGAUGAACCACCUGAAGGAAUAUCACAUCAAGCACCACAUCCUCAACUUCCUCACCUACGCCGACGAGUACGCCAUCGGCUACUUCAAGAAGCAGGGUUUCUCCAAGGACAUCAAGGUGCCCAAGGCCAAGUACGUGGGCUACAUCAAGGACUACGAGGGCGCCACGCUCAUGGGCUGCGAGCUCAACCCCAGCAUUCCCUACACCGAGUUCUCCGUCAUCAUCAAGAAGCAAAAAGAGAUCAUCAAGAAGCUGAUCGAGAGGAAGCAGGUCCAGAUCCGCAAAGUCUACCCGGGCCUGUCGUGCUUCAAGGACGGCGUGCGGCAGAUCCCCAUCGAGAGCAUCCCGGGCAUCCGUGAGAGCGGCUGGAAGCCGCCGGGGAAAGGGAAGGAAGCCAAGGACCCCGAGCAGCUGUACGGCGCGCUCAAGAGCAUCCUGACGCACGUCAAGAGUCACCAAAACGCGUGGCCCUUCAUGGAGCCGGUGAAGAAAACGGAGGCGCCGGGAUAUUACCAGGUCAUCCGCUUCCCAAUGGACCUGAAGACGAUGAGCGAGCGUCUGAAGAGCCGCUACUACACCACGCGCAAACUCUUCAUGGCCGACAUGCAGCGCGUCUUCACCAACUGCCGCGAGUACAACCCGCCCGAGAGCGAGUACUACAAGUGCGCCAACCUCCUCGAGAAGUUCUUCUACACCAAGAUCAAAGAGGCCGGGCUCAUCGACAAGUAGAUCGCCGCCGUCCUGCCAAAAACCGAGCGAGGAGAAGUCGCUCUCCUCAUAUGAAAAUGUACAUAACAUCUAUUUUGUUUCAUGUAGGGCAGCCGUGUGACUAUCAAAAAUUGCACUUUUGAUUCUGUGUGUAUUUCCUUUCCUGACAAUUUGACUGCUGUUAACCGAUUUAAAUUAAGUCUUAAUUUAUUCUCUCUGAUAUAUUUUUGCUGCAGAUAGAGAUUGACAACUUUAUACUUUGUGCAAUACGGUGUAGUUUUUCUGUUUUGUAUAAAGAAAAAAAAAAAAAAAAAGAUUUUUGUAAGAGACUCUUUGUACAGUGGAUUUUAACGACGCAGUAUUAGUCGCUUUUACAGACGGAAUAAAAACUAAAAGGCUCGUUGAA